AUGACAUCAAUCCAAGCUAUUACAGUCUCGGAUAGAGCCGUGAUUGAAAAGCCAGCUUGUUGCUCAUCGGCCCAACGUGGUCAUUGUACAGGGCAUUGUCCGAGAAUAGAAGAUGUGUUUUAUUCCCAACGUAAAGGUAAAACAAAUAAAGGAGCUCAAAGAUGGCGUUGUAAAGCUUGUGGAACUAAAUGGACUUCAAAAGGAAUUAUACAACCACCAGUUGUACCAGAUACAUUGGUUAGUUCGAUUGGAUAUGGAUCGGGACCUGAGGAGGGGUCACUGGAUCUGAGUCAAAGACGAAUCAAGAGAACCAAGUUGUCGGAUGGUCUCAUGAAUACACCACCUCCAUACGGUUUGUUUACUUCAAACACUUCACCUACGGGAUCACCCAUGUCCUCGCCACCCUCCCCCACAUCCUCGCUCGUUGUCCCGUCGUCUACACCAUCAACACGAUCUCUGUUGGCGUCGACGUCGCAAUCGAAUAACCAAUCAUUUGUACCUAUCCUUCCCACGAGCUCCACGCCUACCGGUAGUAGCAUGCGUGCAUCUGGAGGAUCGAUUCCUACCACUUCUUCAUCUUCCAAUUCAAACAAUGGAUCUAAAGCACUGUCACUACCCGGGUCAUCGAGUAACCCGUCUCUUAUGGGUCUUGGCAACAGUUCCAAUCUUUUGGGUAAUAGUAGUAGCGGCGGUCCCACUAAACCUGUUUUAGUCGGUGGAUCAAACAAUAACAAUAAUAAUAAUAAUAAUAAUAAUAGUAACAAUAGUAAUGGUAAUAAUCAACCACCAUCGACUGCAACGAGAAGUAAUAGUAUGGGGUACCUUCAACAGCAGCAACAACAACAACAACAACAAUACCAACUACCCAAUCGAUUUGGAUCAAGGUCACCAUCUGGAACAUCAUCACCUAUCAAUAUACAAUCACAACCACUACCUCCUCAACAACAGCAACAACAACAACAACUAUCACCAAAAUCAGGUAAAUCAAAAAUUGGAAUGCCACCUGGAAAACAACAACAAUCAUCAUCGUCAACAGGGUUCCUUUCAAGUACACCGUAUACUCAAACUAGACCUGGUAUCAACUCUAUUCCAAAUGGACGACAAUAUCAACACCAACAACAACAACAACAACAACAUCAUCAACAACAUCAACAACAUCAACAAUCAUCAACCAAUCGUAGACACCUUUUUGAUAACAAUCAAUCACCAAACAACCCAACAACAAUGUACAAUAAUAAUAACAAUAAUAAUAAUAAUAAUAUAGAUUAUUCACGUGUAAAUAUAGGAGAUUCAAGUCAAUUCUCUCCAUUUGGUAUUGAUGAUAAUGUUGCAAGUACAAGUCUUGGUGGAGGUGUACCGUCGACAACUAUUCAUAGUCAGUUGCAGUCAUAUGUACCAUCAUCGUCGAUUAUAGAGUCGUUGCGCAAGUUGCUCUUGUCGGUGGUCGUGUUUAAUAAUGAGUAUGCGGUAGAGCACCGUCUGCGUCUAAACAACUUCCUCUCUAUCUUUUCAUUGCCGUCGAGUGAGGCCAUCUACAAUACAACGUCGACCAAGAUCCUGUUACAACAAAUUGACGGGAAUAUCUUUUACGUGUCCAAACACUACCAGUGCUUGUAUCGGACCAUUUCGCAUCACCACUCUAUCAUGGAAGACACGUAUGCACCACUGCUAGACGUCUACUUUGACGAACAAGAGAUUGCUAGAUUCCUCGUGUUUGCCGAACAACACGCUGCCAUUGAAGACGCGUACGAAGCUAUUUUACACGAGAUUGUUCAGCAUCGUGAAGAACUCAAUGCCAAAAAGGAGUCAAUCGAGUCGUAUAUCAACGAGGGUGCGUUGCAUGCGACGAUUAGUAAUGCGACCCGAGGUGGAAGUGAUAGAGAGAAUGGCGGGUCUCCCGUGAGCGGGCUGGAACAGGCCAAGCAAGACACCACACGUCUACUCGACUCGCUGGCACCGUUUGAAACAACAUUGGCGACGAUCGAGGAGGGUGAAGACGGCGACACGUUCAUUUCCAAGAUGUCGCUGCGUGCUGCACGUCGCUCGGUUGGCGCGUCGCUGCAUGCGGUUGACCAAGUCAUGCGCGGCAACUAUUCCAGCUCGUUUGUGGCGGCUCGUCCACCCGGCCAUCACGCCGGUCGCGAUGGUAUGACCUCUGGCACGUCAUCGCAGGGGUUCUGUAUAUUAAACAAUGUCUGUAUCGCCGCCAAGUACGCACAGCUACGAUACAAUGUCGAGCGUGUCGCUGUCAUUGACUAUGACGUCCACCACGGUAACGGCAGCGAAGAGAUUCUCGCCGGUGACCAGGGAUUCCUCUUCCUCUCCAUUCACAUGUACGAAGAAGGGUUCUACCCAGGCAGCGGUGGGUGUACUGCCCAAGGUGCAUUCCAUCCACUCUCUGCAUUACCCGAUGUCGUCCAACUCUCGGAAAAGGACCAAGAACCCCUCCCACCCAACAUUAUCAAUGUGCCCAUGAACCCAAAGAGUUCGGCUGUCUCCUUCCUCAAGGCAUUUGGCGCACUCAUUGACAAACUCAAUGAAUACCAGCCCGAACUCAUCCUCAUCAGCUGUGGAUUCGAUGCCCACAUUGACGACAGUUUAGCAUCUCUCUGUCUCAUGGAAGAACAUUAUGUAGAGAUGACUAAAAGCUUGAAAAAAGUGGCCGAUCGUUGGAGCAAAGGAAGAAUCAUUUCCAUCCUUGAAGGUGGUUAUAAUAUAAAUGCUUUAAAACAAUGUACAAUUGCUCAUUUGGUUGCAUUAACUGAUGAUGAUUAA